AUGGAUUUUCAACAUUACCUAUGGUGGCCAGAGGGUGACACUACUAAACCAAUGGCUGAAUAUAGAAUGAACGUCCACAUAUUCAGUGCAACAUCUUCACCGAGCUGUGCUAAUCAUGCAUUGAAGAGAACAGCAGCAGAUAACACAGAUACUGACAGCAAUAUAGUCACUACGACAAUAAACAACAACUUCUAUGUUGAUGAUUUACUCAAAUCAGUUGCAACCAUAAAUGAAGGAAAAAUACUAGCUGCUAAACUGAUAGACACCUGUAAUAAAGGAGGGUUUAGGCUAACUAAAUGGAUUAGUAAUCAGCGACAGUUGUUGGAAUCAAUACCUGAAAGUGAAAGAGCACUGGAAGUGAAAGAUAUAGAUUUAGAAAGUGACAACUUGCCGACUGAAAGAGCAUUAGGCAUGAAAUGGAAUGUUGAAGCUGAUACCUUUGGUUUCCAGAAUAAAUACAAGGAAAAACCUGCAACAAGGCGAGGGAUAUUAAGUCUUGGAAGCUCGAUUUAUGAUCCCUGCACCUGCUGUUUUGAGACCCAAAAUGAUACUGCAAGAUUUGUGUAG